AUUGAGCGACAACCAGAUAUUCUCCUCACCGAAAUGCAAGAUCAGCUGCGGGAGAUCUGUGGUUCUGAAGUCUCGAUUGCAACAAUUUCAAGAACGAUGUGUAGGCGAGGGUUUACAUGGAAGAAGGUUACACGCCCUUCUGUCGAACGUGACGAAGAUGAUCGUGCUGCCUUCAAGAUGCUUAUAGGGGAACAUUUCCAGCCAGAACACCUUGUAUUUGCAGAUGAAUGUCAUUUCAACCAAAUUUCCCUUCGCCGUGAUUUUGCUUGGGCUCCUAUUGGACAGCGUGCAUGA